ACUAAAUCAAUAACCAUUAUAUAGCAUAAAAAUGAAUGGUUUAAAAUAACUUUUUUGUUUUAAGCCUAAUUAUUUUGUGGCUUAAUGACAGUUGACAUUGAUUUGUUAAAGUAAAUUGAAUGCUUAUACAUGAAAAAGUACGUGAAAGCUGAAAGUAAAAUUCUGCAAUGUUCAAGUCAAUUGUUUUUAUAAUAUUGUUGAGUAAUAUAUUUUUUGAAAUCGGUAUAGUUUAUGGAGGAACGGAAGCUGAAAUGCGAGAACUUUUGUUUGCGAAACUGAACAGCAGUGACUACUCACCUAGGGUGAGGCCUAUAAAAGACACCGGAAAUACCUUAACUCUGACUGUAGAUAUGUAUCUAGUUUCAAUAAACCGUGUGGAAGAGGUGGAGCAGAAAAUCACUACCACGGCUUACUUAAAAAUUGUAUGGUCCGACACGUUCAUGACAUGGGAGCCGACGGAUUACGGAAAUAUUACAGAAUUUUCGCUACCUCAAAAUGAAAUCUGGAAACCAGAUAUUGCGCUUGCGAAUGCAUACGAUUCUAUAACUGGUCUUGGCGAUAAAUUUAUGUAUGUAACAGUAAAAUAUGACGGAAAAAUUACCUGGGAGCCGUUCCAAAGAUUUGUCAGCAUAUGUUCUCUUGAAAUGAAAUACUUUCCUUUUGAUACACACCUGUGCAAUAUUCAAAUGGCAACAUGGUCAAGUACGAAACAAAUGAUCAAUAUUGUACCCGGAACUGAUGGAUUCAAUAUUGAUUCAUUCGAAGAAAAUGCGAAUUGGAACCUUUUGAAUGUGUCUACCUUUGACUCAUCUACGUUAGCAACAUCUGGUUUAGCGUUUUCUAUGACAAUCAGACGUAAACCAAUUUUCUAUAUUUUGAACACCAUUAUUCCAGUCAUAUUGCUAUCUGUUCUGAAUAACUUUGUAUUUGUAUUGUCAUGUAGCUCCGGUGAGAAGCUUAGUUUUGCUAUUAUACUAUUUUUAUCAUUUGCAAUAUUUCUGUUGAUUAUCACAGAAAUAAUGCCUGAAGGUAUUACCUCAAUACCUGUAAUUACUAUUUAUCUGAUCCUUGAGAGCGUCUUCAGUACCUUCAUUGUGUUAGUCUCAAUCAUACAACUCCGGCUUCACAACCGAGAAAAUAAGAGCCCACUUCCAAAAGUAUUUAAGCAGUACACAGAAACAAUACAAAAUAUAAAACGACUAGUCUGCUUUGACGUGAACAAAACCGUUGGUGAGGCCGAAAAAGGGGAUGAUGUUCAAGUGAAAACACCUAUAAAUUCCAUUGAGGAGACAUUUCACGACACAAACCUUGAAACAAAGGCGAGAAACGAUAAGGAACAGAAGAAAACAUCAAAUAACACUGAAUGUAGUAAUAUUAUAAAACGAAAACUGGUUUGUGGUGCAAACAAAGUUGAUAGCAUUGAUGAUACGUCGGAUGAUACCUGGAACAACCGAUUAAGUCGUAUGAGCGAUAAAACAACUUUUAGAUUGGCAGAUAUUCUUGGCAAAUCGAACAAAGUUGAGCCCGAUGCUUACUUUAACAAACCGACGCAAGUUGUAUCGCUGUAUGAUCAAAAUUUAGCUGUUGAGGAUGUAGAUGACAAUGAUAUCACAAAACUGACAUCUGCAUCAGAAACAGUUUUUACGAGUCCGCGAACCAAACAGCUAACCUAUAGUGAAUCUGGAAGUGAAACAUCUUCAGUCAAGUCCGAAGACAAAAAGACGACAGAUGAAAUCACAUGGUCCGAGUUUGUACUUGCUCUUGACAACACGUUUUUUAUAUUGUUCAUAAUCAUAAACACGAUCACUACGGCCGUAACGUUUUUUGUUUCAAUGGCCAAUUAGUGAAAUAUUGUAGUUAACACUUUGUUAUAAAUAUAAUCGUUGAUGAAGUUGAUCUGUUUUUCGAAUUAACAAAUAUUAUGUAUGAUUUUGACUGACUGUCUUAAUGUUGAUCUGCUUUGUUUAGCUUUCAUUUUCACAACCAGUUCAUUCAUCUUUAGUAUAUGUAUAUAGUAUAUGAACUGAAUAGCAUGCAUGCUUAUUCAUGAAGUCGUUAAGUUUGUAUAAAUGUACAUUACAGGAUUAGACAUUAUGAUGACUGUAGAGUUGUUGUUUUUUUUUUCAUAUUUAUCUAUGCUUAAAAACGUUCCGGAAUGGAUUAAAAAUGAUAAAGAAUCUUCAACAUUUGGGCUCUGAUUCUUGGUGUUGCACAUGAAAUGUCGUCUAGUUGGUAAUUCUUUGAAUAUUUGAAUGUCUGUCCAUGAAUAAAAAACCAAAUUGAUAGGACAAAAUUACCUCGCACAUUAGAUGGAAUUUUACAGCUAUUUGAAUUGUUACUUUUAUGAAUAAAAUUUUGUUAUUGUUAAUA